UUUGAUGCCGACUUACUCUUUAGUUUGUGGAUGUAGCCAAGCGGUGCAGUCCCAAUCUGGUCUAAGUUUGAUUUAAUAUUAACGAAUAUACCUCAAUUGCUAUAACACGGAGGAGAGCUGUUUUACCCAGGAAGCAGAAUUAGGAUACCAACAGCCAUGGAGGCUUUACGCCACUUAUUGGUGAUAGGGGUGCUUCUGUCUUCUUCGUUGAGAUCUAACGCUCAGGGAGAACUAGACAUAGAAAAUGAACUGCAAAGUGAACUAUCAGAGCUACAGAAUUUAGAAUCAAGGUACACUCAAAACAUGGGCGCUGGAUUAGACGAUAGUCCGUGCUUUAUAGAAAACAACCUCAAGAGACCUUGUACAGACGUGGAUGGUAACGUCGUUGGACAAAAUAACCGAACAGAAUGCUCUCGGUUCAGCCAAUGUUGCUACAACGCUGUUGAAGCGCUUGGUAAUCCAACAGUGCCGAAGUGCUUUAUAUCCCGUCCUACCACGUCAUACAGACAAGGUGGUGUACAGUUCGGGGUAUCCACAGUGCCAGGACUUGGAGCUUUCCCAACAGCUGCUACCACACCAGCCACUACUCCAGUCGACGUUACCAGUUUUCUAUACGGUGGCAAGAGGUAUGACUUCUACCUGAGAAGGCUAAACUUCGCUGGAGCCCUUCAAACUUGCAUUGGUAACGGUGGAAGCCUCGCCACCAUUGACACUGCUGAGAAACAGCAAGCCGUGCUUGACCACCUCAUAAAUGGAAUCGGUAUCUUACCAAACAACGGAGUGUGGGGGGACAUUUGGGCGGCUGGGUAUUGGAUUGGAGGCUCCGAUCUCGUAAAUGAGGGAGUUUGGGUUUGGCAAGAAGACGCGAGUAGUAUUCCCACACCAGGAAACCCUGGAUACCAAAACUGGUUCACAGAAUACACCCUAUACCAACAACCGUUUUCUGCUUUACCGAGCCACGACUGUAUGUACAUGAGCGCGCGUUCCCAAAUCGGUAACUUUCGUACCCUUGGUAAAUGGUUCGGCAGCAUAUGUACAGCAACGAAGUACUUUGUCUGCAUGAAUGAUGUUCAGGACGCAUGUUCAACCUCACCUUGUGUCAACGGUGGCCAAUGUUUGUCUGUGGGAAACACAUACACAUGUUCCUGCCCGACCGGCUACUCCGGUAACAACUGCCAAAUACCGCCAAAUCCAUGUCUAUCCCUCCCUUGUCUCAAUGGUGGGCAAUGCCAGACUGUUGGUGCUUCAUACACAUGCGUGUGUCAAUCUGGUUACAGUGGGCCCAACUGCGGUGUUUCUCCCGAUCCAUGCUCUGCCCGACCUUGCCGAAAUGGUGGACAAUGUCGAAGCAUUGGCUCACAAUAUACAUGUAUUUGUCCCCAAGGAUUUACAGGCCGUGAUUGUAACACUAUUCCGUUUGACCCAUGCUCAAGACAACCAUGCUUAAAUGGUGGGCAAUGUAGAAACUUGGGUGGCGGUUCCUACACAUGUAUAUGUGCAUUUGGAUAUGUGGGGAAUAACUGUCAACUAACAACUGUCGCACCCACACCGCGUACUACAACAACUGUAGCAGUAACUGUUCCACCUCCUGAUUCAAACUGCUGUGUAAUUCAACCAUCGUUAAGGAUACCAUGUGGUACUUCACUAACAACAGCAGCAACUUGUUCAAGAAUAAGAGGUUGUUGUUAUGACUUUACUGCACCAAGCCAAAAUUGCUACAGACCUUCACAACCAGGAACAUGUUUCCAGCCCACUCCAAGUACUACUACCACCCUAGCUGAACAAACUACCUCCCAAUCCCAAAGCUGGAGUGGAUGGUACUUGUGGAGUGGAUGGACUGAAUGCUCUGUAACUUGUGGUGAAGGAACUUACGUUAAAUUCCGUGGUUGUUUCGGUGGACAACCAGGCAGUGCAGUAUGCCCAGGGCGUGGCCGCAUUGUUGAAUCUUGUAGUGAUGGACCUUGUCAAGGUUGGUCACAGUGGGGAGAAUGGUCUAGUUGUCCAGUUACCUGUGGUACUGCUCAGCAGUUUAGAUCUCGUACAUGCUCAAGUGACUCUGAAUCUGACUGUCCUGGACUUACAGCUGAGCUUCGUCCAUGUGCAACUGAAUUAUGUCCAUCGUGGGCAUCAUGGAGGGAAUUCUCACCCUGCAGUGUCACCUGUGGUGGUGGAUCUCAUUUCCGAACCAGAUCUUGUGUGGGUGGCGAUAUUGUCAAAGAUGAUGCUCUGUGUCCUGGUGAAUCGUCUGAAACUGAAGACUGUUCCUCCAACACUUGCCCAUCAUGGUCCAACUGGGCCAUGCAAGGUACAUGUUCCAAAACAUGUGAUGGUGGAUUGCAAACAAGAUUUAGGUCAUGUACGGGAGGAGAUGAAUCUGAAUGCUCAGGAUCUGCUACAGAAACAUUUCCAUGUAACGUAAAUGUUCCUUGUCUUACUACCCAACCACCUACAACUACGCAAGUCACUGCAACAUGGUCUACAUGGACCCCCCUUGGUGACUGUUCAUUAUCAUGUGGAGGUGGAACACUAAACAGGGCAAGAACAUGUUCUCAACCACCAGUUGGUGGUGUCCCACAGUGUCCUGGAAAUGCUUUUGAUAAUGUUGAUUGCAACACUGAGCCUUGCCCAACAACAACUCCCCCAACAACAACAACACCAGUUGUAACAACACCAGCACCAACUUGGUCAGAAUGGACAACUCUUGUAGAAUGUACAGUCACUUGUGGAACUGGACAAAGAACAAGAGCUAGAACAUGUUCUUCGCCACCUGUUGGAAAUGUCAUUCCAUGUCCUGGAUCUGGAAUUGAAACAACUGAUUGCAACACUGAGCCUUGCCCAACAACAACUCCACCAACAACAACAACACCAGUUGUAACAAUACCAGCACCAACUUGGUCGGAAUGGACAACUCUGAUAGAAUGUACAGUCACUUGUGGAACUGGACAAAGAACAAGAGCUAGAACAUGUUCUUCGCCACCUGUUGGAAAUGUCAUUCCAUGUCCUGGAUCUGGAAUUGAAACAACUGAUUGCAACACUGAGCCUUGCCCAACAACAACUCCCCCAACAACAACAACACCAGUUGUAACAACACCAGCACCAACUUGGUCAGAAUGGACAACUCUUAUAGAAUGUACAGUCACUUGUGGAACUGGACAAAGAACAAGAGCUAGAACAUGUUCUUCGCCACCUGUUGGAAAUGUCAUUCCAUGUCCUGGAUCUGGAAUUGAAACCACUGAUUGCAACACUGAACCUUGCCCAACAACAACUCCACCAACAACAACAACACCAGUUGUAACAACACCAGCACCAACUUGGUCGGAAUGGACAACACUGAUAGAAUGUACAGUCACUUGUGGAACUGGACAAAGAACAAGAGCUAGAACAUGUUCUUCACCACCUGUUGGAAAUGUCAUUCCAUGUCCUGGAUCUGGAAUUGAAACCACUGAUUGCAACACUGAACCUUGCCCAACAACAACAAUUCCAGUUGUAACAACUGUCCCCCCACCACCAGUGACAACUGAGUCCCCACCACCCCCACCAACUUGGGGACCAUGGUCACAAUCAGAUGAAUGCUCUGUUUCUUGUGGUGGAGGCACUGUGCUUCGGCAAAGACAAUGCCAGUCUGGUGGUAAUGCGGCAACUGGAUGCGAUGGUGAGAGCUCGGAAAUGUCUCCCUGUAGAACAGAGGCCUGUCCAACCUGGGGAGCAUGGAGUGAAUACAGUCCAUGCAGUGUAACCUGUGGGGGAGCUGAGCAAGUUCGAACUCGCGCUUGUAUGAAUGGAGAGAUCGGUGACAUUGGCUGUGAUAAUUUAUCGGAUUCAGUCAUGAGCCAAGAUUGUGCUGUGGUUGAUUGUGAAUUUUGGUCUAACUGGGGUGAUUUUGGCGCUUGUACUGCCACUUGUGGCCCUGCGACAAAGACACGAAGUAGAACUUGUACAAAUGGUUCACCUGGCAUGGCUGGAUGUUCUGGUUCAACCGAAGAUGUUCAGGACUGCACACAAGCAGCAUGCGCCUCUUGGACAGAAUGGAGCGACUUUUCAGCAUGUCCAGUCACAUGCAAUGGUGGAGUGCAGCAAAGAACAAGAACAUGCACCGAUGGUACUCCUGGGUUAGACUGUGUUGGAGAUGAAAUGCAAGAAAUCCCAUGUGCUGCUAACACAUGUGAACAGUGGUCUUCAUGGUCUGAAUAUAGUGACUGCUCUGUUACUUGUGGUGGUGGCAAAUCUACCAGAUCUAGAACCUGCAUUGGUGGUUCUGCUGGUAUGCCAGGCUGUAUGGGAGUAACAAACUCUGAUGUUGAUUGCAGCACAGAGACUUGCCCCUAUUUUGGAGAUUGGUCCGAAUACAGCAAUUGCUCUUCUUCUUGUGGGCCCGGAACUCAGACUAGAACGCGAGUUUGCUUGCCUGAGGGAACUGACAGAACUUUGUGUGGUGGAGACUUGUCUGAAACAAUUGUUUGUACUGGUGAAGAAUCAUGUGCAGUAUUUAGUGAAUGGUCUGCUUUUGGCCCUUGUACACGAACAUGUGGUGGUGGAACCAUGAAGCGAACACGGGAAUGUGUUGGUGGUGUACUUGGUGAGGGUGAAUGUGUUGGUGAUGUAGAAGAUAUACAGAACUGCCAGACUCAAGGAUGUCCUUACUGGUCACCUUGGCAAGACUCAGACUGCUCUGUCACCUGUGGUGUUGGAUCUAUGCAAAGAACUCGAACCUGCAUGGAUGGAAAUGUUGGAGAUGAUGGUUGCAUUGGAGACACAUCAAGCACAAUGCCUUGCAAUACACAGAAACAAUGCGAAGAAUGGACACCUUGGACAACGUGGUCCGAUUGCUCCACCACAUGUGGUACUGGAUUUGAACAGAGAAUGAGAAACUGUUCAUAUGGUGCACCAGGGAUGCCCGGAUGCCCAGGAUCACCAAUGGAAAGCAGGGAAUGCAAUGGAGGAACUUGCCCUACAUGGUCAGAGUGGAGUGAAUAUUCAGGCUGCAGCUUAACGUGCGGCAGUGGAACCCAAUUCCGCACUCGAUCUUGUAACAAUGGUGAUGUUGGUGAUGAUGGAUGUGAAGGAUCAAGAGUAGAAUCUCAACAAUGCGCCACCAAUGUUUGCCCAACUUGGGGAGACUGGUCAGAAUUUGGACCAUGUGAUCAAGCAUGUGGAACUGGCAACCAGGUUCGAACUCGUUCUUGCAACAAUGGUGAACCAGGUCAAGAUGGUUGCAUAGGAUUAAUAAGUGAGUUAAGAAUGUGCAAUCAGAUCCCUUGUAGUGAAUGGGGUCAAUGGUCCUCUUUUGGAAACUGCAGUGUUGACUGUGGUGGUGGAACUCAAUUCCGUAGCAGAACUUGUACUGUUGCACCAGGAGCAGAUCCAGACCAAGUUGCGUGUGAAGGUAACAGAUAUGAUGAAAAAGUUUGUAACCGACAAGCCUGUCCUGGGUGGGGAGCAUGGGAGCCAUUUGGUGACUGUUCCAAAUCUUGUGCUGGGGGUGUUAUGACCAGAGAACGAACUUGUUUGGUGGGAGAGGCUCCAGGUACUGGUUGUGAUGGAUCAAACAGUGAAACUCUUACUUGUAUGACCCAAGCUUGCCCAAUCUGGUCAAACUGGAGUCCGUAUACAGACUGCAGCUUGUCUUGUGGUGGUGGAGUGCAGAGGAAAACAAGAACAUGCAAUAAUGGAGAUCCUGGUGAUGAUGGAUGCAUGGGAAUGACUGUUGAAGAACAAGAUUGCAAUGAUAUGGAAUGUCCUGUAUGGGCUGUAUGGUCAUCAUGGACACAAUGUCCAGUCUCAUGUGAUGGAGGAUCUCAAACAAGAAGUAGGACUUGUAACUUUGGUUCGGCGGGUCAAGAUGGUUGCAUGGGUGACACGGAACAAACCCAGACCUGUAACGACAACGAUUGCCCAACCAUGUCAGACUGGUCAGAGUGGAGCACGUGUACAAACACAUGCAACUCUGGUACCAUGACCAGAACAAGGAUUUGUAUGAAUGGAGACUUUGGAAUGGUUGGCUGUGAAGGUCCAUCUUCUCAAACCAAAGACUGUGAAAAUUUGUCACCAUGUGCUCAGUGGUCUCCAUGGAGUCCAGGAUUUUGCAGUGUAACCUGUGGUAUUGGAUCAAUCAACAGAUUCCGCCUCUGCAUCGGUGGUGAUGCUGGAGGACCUGGAUGUGAAGGAAGUGCAUCUUCCGAGGAACCAUGCGUGCAACAAUCUUGUCCAUACUGGGAUACCUGGUCAUCUUGGACUGAAUGUUCUGCUUCAUGUGAUGGAGGAGUUGAGGAGAGAAGUCGUACUUGUAUCAAUGGAGAUCCUGGUGAUGGUAAUUGUACUGGAGCCCCUGUUGAUGUGUUGGCAUGUAACACCAUUGCAUGUAGCGAUCUUCCCCCUGAUGGCGUCCGUGAAGACUGCGCCCAGUUGGACAUUGCAAUUAUAAUUGAUUCAAGCAGUAGCAUUGGAAACGCGAACUUUGAAAUUGUGCGCAGUUUUCUUCGUCGUGUAAUGGCACAACUUAAUGUUGGAUUGAACAGUACAAGAAUUGCUGCACUUCGUUUUAACAGAGAUGUAAUUCCUCUGUGGAGCUUUGCUCAAUCUACAAGCUCUGAAGAUUUAAUUGAACGAAUUGACCGAGUCACAUAUGAUGGUUCAGGCACUCACACAGGAAAGGCUCUUACCUAUGCAGCUAACCGGUUAUUCACUGAAGCCGAAGGAGACAGACCUGAUGUACCUGAUCUUGCUGUUGUACUGACUGAUGGCAGAGCCCAAGAUAACCCUGGAGAUACCGUACAGGCACUCAAAAACAAAGGAGUGAAGGUGAUUGCGAUCGCCGUGACUAACCGAGUGGACAUUAAUGAGAUUUAUGCGAUUGCAAGCGACCCUGAUGAACAAAAUGCUUUCUUUGUUAAUGAUUUCGAAGGAUUAUUUUCUGUUGUGGAAAACAUUGCAUUGUUUGCAUGUGGACAACCAACUUGGUCAGAAUGGGGAGAAUGGAGCACUUGUGGAAGAACCUGUGGUGGUGGAAACCAAUACCGAGUUCGAAACUGCACUGGUGGGUUUGGAGAUAACAUUAACAACUGCAAUGGAACAUCUAGGGAAACCAAGAUCUGCAACAUUGGUCCAUGCCCCGUUUGGUCACAAUGGAGUGGUUACAAUGACUGCAGCGUUACUUGUGGGGGAGGAUCACAAUCUAGAAUCCGAACUUGUGUGUUUGGAGAACCUGGCCAGCUAGGAUGCAUGGGUCCAAUAAAUGAAACCAUAGCUUGCAACAAUCAGGACUGUCCUCGUUGGAUUACUUGGUCGGAAUGGAGCGUAUGCUCAGCACCCUGUAAUGGGGGAACCAGGAUGAGAUCUCGAGAUUGUCAGUAUGGAAGCCCAGGCCAGAUGGGCUGCAUGGGGUCAGCUAGUCAAACAGAAGACUGCAACACACAGUUUUGUGCCCAAUGGACAUCUUGGCUCCCAUGGGCUGACUGCAGUGCCUCUUGUGGCGGUGGCCAAUCCACCCGGGUUAGAAGAUGUUUGUUCUCUUCAGACUUAUCUACCUGUGAUGGUGCAUCAAGUGAAACUGUUACGUGCAAUACUGAGAUCUGUCCAUAUUGGACUCAAUGGUCGUCCUGGACUGGUUGCCCUGUCACUUGUGGAGGUUCGCAAGUAACUAGAAGUCGAAGAUGUGAGAAUGGAGUUGCUGGUGAGGCUGGCUGCAGAGGCAGAGCACAAGAAACAACAAGCUGUGCCAAUGUGCAAUGUCCAUCAUGGGGAUCUUGGACUCGUUGGAGCAGCUGUAGUGAAACUUGUGGAAUAGGAAGACGAAACAGACUUCGAUUCUGCGCUGUACCUACUGCAACUGUAGAUCUUGGAUCUGCUGAACCACCACCUGUUGCCGUAUCAUCACUAUGUCCUGGCCCUGCAACAGAAUCGGAGGACUGCACAAUAAAGGCAACGUGUCCAUCAUGGGCGCCAUGGCCUGAACCUCCAGUUGAUGACACACCAGGUUGCUCAGUUACUUGCGGUGGUGGAACGAUUCGUUUAACAAGAACCUGCAUUGGUGGAGUCCCAGGGGAUAAUGGAUGCCUUGGUCAAUCAUCUCGCGUCUCUGCCUGCAAUAACCAGGCAUGCAGCAGUUGGGCAAACUGGGGAUCAUGGUCAGGUUGCAGCACAUCAUGUGGGGUUGGAGUUCGCACACAAACACGCGUGUGUAUGAUUGGCGAAGUUGAAACUGACACUUGUGUGGGGCCAAGUAUGCAACAAGCCGAAUGCAAUUCAGGGGCUUGCUCAUACUGGAGUAGUUGGAACCCAUGGUCACCCUGCAGUGAUACUUGUGGUGGAGGAACCAGAUCUCAUAACAGAGUUUGUGUAAAUGGAGAUGCUGGUGAAAAUGAAUGUUCUGGAUCUUCCGAAGAGAUUGACACGUGUAAUAGUCAGGGAUGCCCAACUUGGAAUGACUGGAAUUCUUGGACCCAAUGUUCAGCACUGUGUGGUGGUGGUAGACAAACGCGCACCAGGACAUGCAGAAAUGGAUCACCUGGUGAAGGGGGUUGCAUUGGACCUCAAAGUAUGGAGUUGUACUGCAACGGACAGCCAUGCCCAACUUGGUCAGUGUGGGGUGCUUGGUCUGGUUGUGGAAUAACUUGUGGAAAUGGAUUUCAAUCUCGAAACAGAGUUUGCCUUAAUAGGAUUGCUGAUGUUCAAACUUGUGCAGGAGAUGCCACAGAAACUGCUACCUGUGAACUUGGUGAUUGUGCAACGUGGGGUACUUGGAGAUCUUGGUCUACAUGCAGUUCUACUUGUGGUCAGGGUCACACUACUCGCACUCGUGAUUGCUCCACAACUAAUGGUGGUAGCUGCUUUGGUGAUGCAAUGGAAAGAAGAACAUGUACGGACCGUAGUUGUCCAAUGUGGUCAUCUUGGUCAGCAUACGGAAACUGCACCGUCUCAUGUGGAGGAGGAACAAUGAUCAGGACUAGGUCUUGUCUUCCAGAUGGAGUUGGAUGUGCAGAUAUGGGUCCAUCAUCUGAAUCAUCAUCAUGCAACAUCCAGCAAUGUCCUGAAUGGUCGGAAUGGUAUCCAUGGCAACAAUGCUCAGUUACAUGCGGAGUUGGACAGCAAACUCGAACAAGAGAAUGCAUCAAUGGAAAUGUUGGUGGUAAAGGAUGCAUGGGUCCACAACAGGACUCUAACUUUUGCAACGAACAGGCUUGUCCAUUCUUUGGUCAAUGGUCCUCAUGGAGCGACUGUAGUUUAUCAUGUGGUGGUGGAGUGAGAAGGCAACAACGAUCAUGCACUAAUGGUUUUGUUGGUGAACCAGGUUGCAUUGGAGAAACAAGCAAUGAUGAAGCCUGUAAUAUACAGCCCUGUCCGGUAUUUACUGAGUGGGGUCAGUGGGGAGAGUGUAGUGAGACUUGUGGAAGUGGAGCCACCAGGUCAAGAUCAAGGUCGUGCAACAAUGGCCUUCCAGGUCAACCUGGUUGUGUUGGUUCCAUCUCUGAUGUAGAGAACUGUGGACUAAGGGCGUGCCCGUUCUGGUCAAGUUGGUUUGCUUGGUCAACAUGCACAGUCACUUGCAAUGGUGGAACUCGUGUGAGAACAAGAAAUUGUAUGAAUGGGUUUGAAGGUCUAGAAGAAUGUGGUACAGAUGAUACACAAUCCAUACCUUGUGGUAUUCAGCCAUGUCCUGCUUGGAGAGACUGGUCCACAUGGGGCGAAUGUAGCAGUUCAUGUGGAAUUGGCUUCCAACAUAGAAACAGAACUUGUGCAGAUGGUUAUGCUGGUGAUGAUGGUUGCAUAGGAAUGCCAAAAGAAAAAAUGCAAUGCAUUGGCAAUGAAUGCGCUACCUGGAGUGAAUGGUCCUCUUGGUCAUCAUGUCCAGUGUCUUGUGGAGUGGCAACUCAAUCUCGUGAGCGAUCAUGCUCGCUUGAUAAUGAGCCUAGCGAUGAAUGCAGGGGUCAUACCAGAGAAGAGCAGAGCUGCUACGGAUCGGUUUGUGCAUACUGGUCUCAAUGGACACAAUGGAGUGGUUGUUCUGCUUCAUGCGAUGGUGGUCAACAUUCUCGUUACAGAACUUGUGUGAAUGGUGUUGAUGGUGGUGCUGGAUGUACUGGGUACAACAAUGAAACUCAAUCUUGCAAUAACUUGCUUUGUCCAACAUGGAGCCCAUGGUCAACGGAUGCAGAAUGUUCAGCCACUUGUGGAGGAGGAGUUCGUGUUAAUACCAGAGUGUGCGUCACUACUGAAGCACUUGGACCUUGCCCAGGUGUUGGAAGAAAACAAGAGUUCUGCAACACACAGCCCUGCCCUCGCUGGUCUAUAUGGGGAGCAUGGUCGGGUUGUUCAACUACGUGUGGAGAGGGAGUUCGAACUCAUGAACGAGCGUGUUUGUAUGGAGAUGUUGGAGAAGGAAGUUGCGUUGGUGAUGACUCAGCUUCUGCAACUUGUAUUGUACAGGAGUGUCCUACUUGGGCGCAAUGGAGUGAGUGGUCACAAUGUGGCAAGACAUGUGGUGGUGGUCGCCAAACAAGAGUUAGAUUCUGUAAUAAUGGUGUAAGAGGAAUGAAUGGUUGCACAGGAGAUUAUGUGCAGACUCUGCAAUGCAAUACUCAGUCAUGUCCAUACUGGAACAUAUGGGGUAUGUGGAGCAGUUGUAGUGCUACAUGUGGUGGUGGAACCAGAACACACACGCGUACAUGUGUUAAUGGACAACCUGGUGAUGUUGGUUGCAGAGGCAUCACUGAACAAGAAGAUGGUUGCAAUCCUCAGCCUUGCCCAAUCUUUGACGACUGGUCUUCAUGGUCUGACUGUUCAGUCACCUGUGGAGCUGGGAGUAGACAUCAUUCUCGACAAUGUAUCAAUGGAGUGUUUGGUGAUAUUGGGUGUGAUGAUGGAACCAUGCUAGAUCGGGAGAAUUGCAACCUUUCUCCGUGCCCAGCCUGGAGUGAUUGGUCAAAUUGGAAUAAUUGUGACAAAACUUGUGGUGGUGGCCAGCAGGACAGGUCAAGGCAAUGUUUACCUGAAGGAUCUGAAUGUCCAGGAGCAAGUUCUGAGUAUCGAUCCUGUAACCCAGCAGCUUGUGCAAUGUGGAGUUCGUGGAAUCCUUGGCGCCGAUGUAGCGUCUCAUGUGGUGGAGGUAAUCGUCUUCGCUCAAGGAUCUGUUUGAAUGGAGUGGCUGGUGAUCCUGGAUGUGAAGGAACUGCAGCUCAACAGGGAGAUUGCAACACAGAUAGCUGCCCAAGUUGGACAGUCUGGACAAGCUGGAGUACUUGUAGCAAAUCAUGUGGUGGAGGAGCAAGUGUGAGGCAUAGAUCAUGCACAGGUGGAUAUGCUGGCUCUGAUGGUUGUAUGGGUGAUGAAAGGGAAAGCAUUGAUUGUAAUACACAGACUUGCCCAACAUGGGGUACGUGGAGUCCGUUCUCAGGAUGUUCAGUCACAUGUGGACGCGGAACACGAUCAAGGAUGCGAAACUGUGAUGGUGGUGAUACAUGUGGUGACUCACCCACUCAAGUUCACACAAUGGAUUGCAUACAAGGAGAUUGCCCAUACUGGUCAGAAUGGAACUCAUGGGGUUCAUGUAGCGCUUCAUGUGACUCUAUUGGCAGCAGGGUUCGUGGUAGAGUGUGUAUGAACUCGUAUGAACUCACUGCUGGAUCUGGUUUUGCUGAUGUUAUUGGCUGUAGUGGAGAACACACAGAGUCAGAACAGUGUGGUGGAAACCCAUGCCCGAGAAUUUCAGACUGGUCACCAUGGACAGCUUGUUCAGUACCAUGUGGAGGUGGAGUGAGAGUACAUAGCAGAAGUUGUAUAGACGGUGAAAUGGGCUCAAUUGGUUGCCGUGCUUCUGCCGUUGAACAGGAAUUCUGCAAUGGACAGGCAUGUCCAUACUGGUCAUCUUGGUCCUCUUGGGGAGGUUGCAGUGAAAGAUGCGGUGGAGGACUUCGUGUCCACAUCAGAACAUGCAUUAAUGGAGGAGUCAAUAACACUGGAUGUGAGGGAGAAGCUGCAGCAGCUGAAGCUUGUAACACAAGCCCAUGUCCAAUGUGGUCAACAUGGGAGUCAUGGGGUGGGUGUUCAAAUCCAUGUGACGGCGGUCUUCAAAGUCGAAUCCGAACUUGUUUGAACUCUGGAAUGUUUGUUGAUUGUCUUGGAGAUUCAUCUGAAGCCAUUGAAUGCAACGCACAUACAUGUCCAGUUUGGACUGCAUGGUCAAGUUGGUCAUCAUGUAGUGUUCCAUGUGGUCGGGGUACAAGAUCCAAGUCACGUUCAUGUGGUGGUGGAUUGCCUGGUGUUGAAGACCAAUGUCCUGGAACUGGUAUGAUCACUGAAGAAUGCAUUAUCGGGAAUUGUCCAUUCUGGACUGCCUGGAGCAACUGGUCAGGAUGUACAGUUACUUGCGGUGGGGGAAGUCAGAGCAGAUCUCGUAUUUGUAUGAACGGGGUUGCUGGCAGUGGUUGUCCAGGUUCUGGAUCAGAAACACUCACUUGCAACAACAUGGCAUGCCCAAGAUGGUCUGAUUGGAACACAUGGAGUUCAUGCAGCAAAACAUGUGGUGCUGGAAAACGAAGUCACUCACGAAUUUGUCUGGAUGGUAAUCAGAAUGACAUUGGAUGUGUUGGCCCUCUGUCUGUUGAAGAAUACUGUAACGGCAAUGCAUGUCCAUACUGGUCUCCAUGGACUGACUUUGGAGCUUGUACUGUUACUUGUGGAGGUGGUUCAAGAACCAAAGCACGAACUUGUGUAAAUGGUGCUGUAGGAGAUGUAGGAUGCAUUGGGAUGGCUAUGGAGGAUGAAUCAUGUAAUUCUAAUGAAUGCCCGAGGUUUAGUGUGUGGUCAGAGUGGUCAAGUUGUACUGCCAGCUGCGGAACGGGUGGUCAAACACGAACAAGAAGCUGCAUUGGUGGAACCUAUGGCUCAAUUGGCUGCACAGGCAUGAUACAACAAACUCAAGAUUGCAACACUCAGAUCUGUCCAAGCUUCAGUGAUUGGACUCCUUGGACUUCUUGCAGUGUAACAUGCGGUAGAGGUACUCGAUCCCAUGUAAGAUUCUGUAUCAAUGGUGAUAUUGGUGAUGAGGGUUGUAUUGGAAGUGUGGAUGCUAUAGAGGAAUGCAUUAGAGGGCAAUGUGCCUACUGGACAGAAUGGACAGCGUGGACAGGUUGUUCAGCAACUUGUGGUAAUGGAACUCGAAGUCAUGAAAGGCAAUGCAUUAAUGGAGUCCCUGGUGACCAGGGUUGUUUUGGACUUAGUUCUGAAGAAGUUAUUUGCGAAUUACCAAACUGUCCUUACUGGUCAACUUGGUCAAACUGGAAUGAAUGCGACUCACCGUGUGGAGGUGGCAAGCGUUCUCACAGUCGUGUCUGUGUGUUUGGAACUGCUGGUGAUAUCGGUUGCCUUGGUACAACUGUUGUUGAAGAAUACUGUAAUGGACAGACAUGUGGUUUCUGGUCACCUUGGUCAACAUAUACUGAUUGUGAUGUUUCAUGUGGGGGAGGUAUGAGAACUCACACAAGAACUUGCAUCAAUGGGGAAACUGGAAGUCCAGGAUGUGAGGGAGAAGAUGUAGAAAUGGACAAUUGUAAUAUGAUGGAUUGCCCAGAACCAAGUGUAUGGGGACAAUGGAGUGACUGCAGUUCUACUUGUGGUGGUGGAUCAAGACGACGUACUCGACCUUGUAAUGGAGGAAGCACUGGUUCAUGUGAGAGACCACUUGAAGAAUAUUCCGUGUGUUCAACUGAGGUAUGUCCAUCAUGGGCUGCAUGGCAAGAUUGGAGUGAGUGUAGUGCUGCAUGUGGUAGAGGAACGCGCUCCAGAUCCAGGGAUUGUAUGAAUGGUGCAAUCGGAGAACAAGGAUGUGAUGGAGGAGCAGUUUUCGAAGAAUCCUGCAUCCAAGGAUACUGUGCUUACUUUACUGAGUGGAGUCCAUGGUCAAGAUGUAGCGCAACAUGUGGUGGUGGAUCGAGAUCAUCAUCUCGAAUCUGCGUCAAUGGAUUGCUUGGUUGCACUGGUAAUCCCUCAAGAUCUGAAAGCUGUAAUAUUCAGACAUGCCCAUCUUGGUCAGAUUGGUCGGAAUGGAACCAAUGUUCAGCUGCAUGUGGUGGUGGACUUAGAAGUCGGACACGCGAGUGUAUAAAUGGUUUCCCGGGACUUAUAGGUUGUGGUGGUGAAGUCACUCAAGAUGAUUUCUGCAAUUCCCAGAACUGUGGUUAUUGGUCACCAUGGCAGUCAUGGACAAGUUGCAGUUUAUCAUGUAAUGGUGGUCAAACUACAAGAUCAAGGUCUUGUCUUGGUGGCGGAACUAUAGGAUGCACUGGAAAUAAUUUUAUGUCAAAAUCCUGUAACAACCAGGAUUGCCCAUUCUGGAAUGACUGGAGUUCGUGGACGCUCUGUAGCGCCCCAUGUGGUUCGGGACAAAGUACAAGAACCAGAACUUGUGAAAAUGGGUAUGCUGGUGAUGUUGGUUGUGAAGGCAGCGAAAAUGACCGAGUAUCUUGCAACACCCAGCUUUGUACAUACUGGAGUGAGUGGCAAAACUGGUCCCAAUGUAGCACAUCAUGUGGUCGAGGAUCUCGUUCACGUGCACGAAACUGUAUGAACAGUGAUGCCGAUAACACAUGUGAGGGAUCAGGUAGUCAGGAAGAAGAUUGCGUGCUUGGAAACUGUCCAUUCUUCAACAAUUGGUCAUCAUGGAGUGACUGCAGUGUUUCAUGUGGUGGUGGGCAGCAAUCAAUGAGCAGGUCAUGUGUCAAUGGUAACAUUGGUGAUGUCGGUUGCAUUGGUGAUGGUGUAUUGUCAAGGACAUGUAAUGGAGGGGGAUGUCCACAAUGGACAACAUGGGGUAACUGGACUGACUGCACAGCAUCUUGUGAUGGUGGACUGAGAUCAAGAUCUCGAAGUUGUAGUCUUGGUUCUCCUGGUGAUUUUGGAUGUGAUGGUCCAAUCACAAUGCAGGAUUACUGUAACCCAGAUGCCUGCCCAAUGUGGUCAGUAUGGAAUAUGUGGUCUUCCUGUAGCGCCACGUGUGGUGGAGGAAAUCGACAACGAAGUAGAAACUGUUUGAAUGGAGUUGAGGGUGAAGCUGGAUGUGAAGGUGAAGCUGAUGCUUCAGAAGUUUGCAAUCUACAGGAAUGUCCAUUCUGGGAUGUUUGGACACAAUGGUCAUCAUGCAGUCAUAAUUGUGGUGGUGGUUUCCAAUCGCAUACCAGAGUUUGUGUAAAUGGUAGACCAGGUAACACUGGCUGUGAUGGAUCAGAAUCUCAAGAAAGGCCAUGCAAUUUACCGGCAUGCCCAGAGUGGAAUGCAUGGACUCCAUGGUCUGAAUGUAGUGCAUCAUGUGGUCAAGGAACUACAUCUAGAUCUCGUACAUGUACCAUUCCUGGUGCUUGCUCAGGUCCUACAUCUGAAGAAAAGGCUUGCCAAGAAUCUAUUUGUGCAACUUGGACAUUCUGGUCAGCUUAUGGUGCCUGCAGUGCCUCUUGUGGUGGUGGAUCACAAACAAGAAGCAGAACUUGCACCAAUGGAGAACCAGGAGAUGCUGGUUGUGUUGGAAGUGCAACUGAAAGUACAAGUUGUAACAUGAGGCCUUGUCCUGCUUGGAGUGAGUGGACAACAUGGACAACUUGUACUAAGACAUGUGGCCGUGGACAGCAAAAACAGGAGCGAACUUGUAUGAAUGGUAUACAGGGAAUGGCUGGCUGUAGAGGACCAAAGAUGAUGUACAGACCAUGCAAUAUUCAAACAUGUCCAACAUAUGGAGAUUGGUCACUGUGGAGCCCGUGUACUGUUUCUUGUGGCCUUGGACAAAUUACAAGAACAAGAACUUGUUCUGAUGCAGCUGGUGGUUGUAUUGGGUUGGCUAAUGAAGAACGAGAAUGCAUUGUUGGGAACUGUCCUUAUUGGAGCCACUGGGGUGCUUGGGGCGCUUGUAGUGCUUCUUGUGGAACAGGAACUUAUUCUCGUAUGAGAGCUUGUGUGAACGGAGAUGCUGGUGAUAGUGGUUGUGAAGGAAGUAUCACUGAAGAAUCAAAUUGCAAUGAACAGGUGUGUCCUGUACUGUCUGACUGGGUUGCAUGGAGUGCUUGCAGUGUGACUUGUGGACCUGGUGUAAGGUCACGUGGUCGGUCAUGCUUCAACGCAGAUGGAAGUCAAUGUCCAGGUGCUGGUGUUGUGGAAGAACCAUGUAACAAUGGGCCUUGUCCAUACUGGUCAAGCUGGGGUGAAUUUGGUCCUUGUAGCUCUUCCUGUGGUGGUGGACGCAGAAUACACUUCCGUACAUGCGUGAAUGGACAAGCUGGUGAAGAUGGUUGUGAAGGAUCAACAUCAGAAAUUCUGGAUUGCAACUCUCAUGUAUGUCCAACAUAUACUGCAUGGUCUCAAUGGGGAGCAUGCAGUGUGUCUUGCAAUGGUGGCAUCCAAGUUCGAACAAGGACCUGUUCAAGCAGUGUCUUCUCAUGUUCAGGAACUUCCUUGGAACAACAAUCUUGUAGCAUGGAGGCAUGCCCGUACUGGUCCCAAUGGACAUUGUGGACACCAUGUAAUUCAACAUGCGGAAGAGGUAUUCGAACUCACAGCAGAAUCUGUGUAAAUGGAAGAUAUGGUGUCAGAGGAUGCCAGGGCCUUAGAUCUGAAAUUGGAUUCUGUGAUCGUGGAUCAUGUGCGUACUGGACACCUUGGUCAACCUGGGGUGCAUGUUCAGCCCCAUGUAAUGGUGGAACUAAGGACAGAACAAGGCAAUGCAUUAAAGGAAUUGAUGAUCCUGAUUGUGUUGGCGCUGCAACUCAAAGUACUGCAUGUAAUCUUGGGAAUUGUCCGUUCUGGGACAACUGGGGAGAAUGGAGCUCUUGUUCGCACUCGUGUGGUGGAGGACGGAGCACAAGAAAUCGCCAAUGUAUGCAUGGUUUCCCCGGAGACAGUGGAUGUAAUGUAGGAUUGCCUUCCGAAGCUGUUGGUUGCAACACUCAACCUUGUCCUUACUGGUCGUACUGGACAACUUGGUCAGGUUGCAGUGUAACAUGUGGACGUGGUAUUCGAACCCAUACACGUGAAUGUAUAAAUGGAAAUAUUGGUGAUGUGGGAUGUACAGGACUUGACACAAUGUCCACAUCAUGCGUGGAAGGACUGUGUGCUUACUGGACUGACUGGAGUAUCUGGUCUGGAUGUAGUGAACCAUGUGGAGGUGGAAACACAUCACGAUACAGGAACUGCAUCAAUGGAGAGGCAGGUGAAGGAGAAUGUGUUGGAGCAAGAAGAGAACACUCAACUUGCAAUAAUGAUCCUUGUUCAUCAUGGUCUCCAUAUGGUGAUUGGUCAGUUUGUUCACAAACAUGUAAUGGUGGUCGAAGGUCAAGGUCAAGAGUUUGCAUCAACGGAGAUAUUGGAAGCUUUGGAUGCAGGGGAUCUGCUCAAAUGGAAGAAUACUGCAAUGGACAACCAUGCCCACAUUGGUCUAUGUGGAUGCACUGGUCACCAUGUUCUGAAAGAUGUGGUGGUGGUAGCAGCAGCAGAAGCAGGAUCUGUUUGAAUGGAGAUAUUGGACAAGAAGGUUGUAGCUCGACUGAUGAGCAAGUGCCACCAGUUAGAUCAUGUAAUACCAUGCCAUGUCCAUUAUGGGCAUUAUGGCAGCAAUGGGGUGUGUGUAGUGCAACUUGUGGUGGAGGUGCAAGAUCACGAUCAAGGGUUUGCCAGAAUUCCGAUCUCAGUGGACUGGCAUGCAGUGGAGAUGCAGAAGACUUUGGGGAAUGUAACACUGGGGCAUGCCCACGCUGGGGACCAUGGACUACCUGGACAGGAUGCAGUGUUUCCUGUGGUCGAGGUACAACAUCCCGUAGCCGUUCUUGUGUCAAUGGCAACACUGGAGAUCGUGGAUGUGAAGGUGAUGAUGCAGCGACCGUCACAUGCAUUCGUGGUGAUUGUGCUUUCUGGACUGAAUGGGUAGCGUGGAGUGAUUGUUCUUCAUCAUGCGGGGGAGGUAACCAGGAACGAACUCGUCGUUGCAUGAAUGGAGUGACUGGUGAUGUUGGUUGUGAAGGAACAGAUAGAGGAAGCCAACUUUGCAAUAUUGGACCAUGCCCACGUUUCACUGCUUGGGGCAACUGGACAGAUUGCAGCACUAGCUGUGGAGGUGGACAUCGAACUCGUGAAAGGUUCUGUUCUUUUGGCCAACUUGGCGAUCCUGGCUGUUUCGGCUCAACUGUGCAAACAGAUAUCUGUAAUGGACAUGUAUGUCCAUCCUGGUCUAGUUGGGGACUUAUAAGCAGAUGUGAUGUAACUUGUGGUGGAGGAAAUGUUAUCUUUAACAGAAGAUGUAUUGGUGGUGAUAUUGGAGACUCUGGGUGUAUUGGACCAUCAACAACAAGCAGUGAUUGCAACACAAUGCCAUGCCCCAACUGGGCAAACUGGCAACAAUGGACAGCAUGUGGAAGAAACUGUGGUGGUGGACGUAGAUAUAGAAGCAGGUUGUGCAACAAUGGUUUGCCUGGUGAUGCUGGGUGUGAAGGACUUGGACUUAUGGCUGGUGGAUGCAACACUCAGCGAUGUCCUUAUUGGUCAAGUUGGUCUACAUGGACUGCUUGCUCUGUAAGCUGUGGUGUGGGUUCACAUACACACACAAGGACGUGUAUAUUUGGUACGGCAGGUGAAGCUGGAUGUAUUGGUGAUGUUUCGGAAACAGCAGAAUGCAUUGAAUCGAACUGCCCAUUCUGGACCGAGUGGUCUGUAUGGAGCUUCUGUACAGUGACAUGCGGUGGUGGAUUAACUCGCAGAUACAGAAACUGUAUUAAUGGAGAAGCUGGUGUUGGAAACUGUGCUGGACCAUCUGAAGAGGAGGAUUCGUGCAAUGAAGGGCGAUGUGCUUCAUGGUCGAUAUGGACACCUUGGUCAAAUUGCAAUCAAUUAUGUGGAUUCGGAACAGUGAACCGUACACGAUUUUGCCAGAAUGGUAUUGUUGGAAUGCCUGGUUGUUUCGGACCAACCAGUGAAAACCGUGGUUGCUACAACAGGCCUUGUCCAUACUUUUCAACAUGGACUGGUUUCACUCGUUGUUCAGUUUCAUGUGGAGGUGGUUUCCACUCGAGAACUCGACAAUGCUACAAUGCUGUACCUGGUGUUAUAGAUUGUGUUGGAGAGACCUCAGAAAGUGUAUCAUGUAACACAAAUGUAUGUCCUGCUUGGUCUGAAUGGGGAGGUUUCUCAAGUUGCUCUAACACUUGCGGAGGAGGAACGGCAAAGAGGAUAAGAAGAUGUUUGGGAGGAGAAGUUGGAGUUAUCGGAUGUAGAGGAAGUCCUUCACAAUAUGUCACUUGCAACACUGGAGUUUGUCCAUUCUGGUCAUCUUGGCAAUCUUGGACAGCAUGCAGUGUAACUUGUGGCAGGGGAUUGAGAUCUCAUGUUCGUGUGUGCACCAAUGGUGACGUAGGUGAUUUUGGCUGCAUGGGAAAUACAACAGAAACUGUUCACUGCGUUGAAAACACUUGCCCUUACUGGAGUCAAUGGACAACAUGGAGUGAUUGUAGUGCAACAUGUGGUGGAGGUCUACAGAGUCAGCAACGUUAUUGUGUUAAUGAACAACCAGGACAACCUGGCUGUGAAGGACAAGCUUUCAACUCACGAUUCUGUAAUUCACAAGUGUGCCCAACAUGGUCUGACUUUGGAGACUGGUCAGACUGUACUGCAACUUGUGGUGGGGGAACUAGAACUCACACUCGUGUUUGCUUGAAUGGUGAUGCUGGGCAAUUUGGCUGCAGAGGUUCAACUUUUGAACAGGAAUAUUGCAAUGGACAGGCUUGUCCAUAUUUCUUACCUUGGACACCAUGGAGACCAUGCACAGUUUCAUGUGGUGGGGGAACCAGAUCAAGGUCCAGGACUUGUGCAAAUGGAGAUCCAGGAGAACCUGAUUGCAUUGGAAGCGUUGGAGACAUUGAACAAUGCAAUACCCAAUCAUGCCCAACUUGGACACAGUGGUUAUCAUGGGGUGAAUGUGGAGCUACAUGUGGUGGAGCUUUACAGAUCAGGCAGCGGUUCUGCUUUAAUGGAGUUCUUGGCCAGAUUGGUUGCCAUAAUGGUGAUUUGCAAGAAAGCAGGAUAUGCAAUGACCAGCAAUGUGAUUACUGGACGCAUUGGAGCACUUGGUCUGGUUGCAGUGAAGACUGUGGUCAAGGCAACCGAACCAGGUUCAGGAAUUGUGUGAAUGGAUUAGAAGGACAAGGAUCUUGUCUUGGUCCAAGUCUUCUUGUUGAAACUUGUCAUCAAGGGGAUUGUCCAUUCUGGGGAGAAUGGAGUCCAUAUGGAAGCUGCAGAGUGUCUUGCGGUGGAGGAACUAGAAUGAGAAUAAGAAGAUGCUUCAAUGGAAUUGCUGGAGGACCUGGAUGUGUUGGGAAUGAUGUACAAGUCGCAUCCUGCAAUAACCAGUUGUGUCCAAGAUGGAGUGACUAUGGCAACUGGACCAUGUGCAGUCAAACUUGUGGUAGAGGUAUUCGCUCCCACUCAAGAACUUGCUUGUUUGGAGAUGUUGGUCAGUUUGGAUGCAUUGGAAGUGUUAGAGAACAGGAACCAUGUCAUGACCAGACAUGCCCAAUGUUUUCAAACUGGGGACGUUGGUCUCUUUGCUCUGCAACUUGUGGUAUUGGUGUAGCAGUGCGUGUACGACAUUGCGUCAAUGGUCAGUUUGGUCAACCUGGAUGCAUUGGAGCAACUCAAGAGUUUAACAAUUGUAACACACAGACUUGUCCUAGUUGGGAUAAUUGGUCUGCAUGGUCUUCAUGCAGUGUUACCUGCGGUGGUGGCUUCUCAGAUAGAACCAGAACAUGCUUGAAUGGUUAUGAGGGUGAUGAUGGUUGUACUGGAACCAGCCAAGAAUCUGUAUCAUGCGCAGACCAAGAUUGUGCUAUGUGGACUGCCUGGGGGACUUGGACACCAUGCAGCUUGACUUGUGGCAGAGGGGUGCGCUCACACAGUAGAAACUGCACCAUCUUUGGUGAAUGUGUUGGAGAUGACACUAAACAGGAAUCAUGUGUGGAAGGAAACUGUGAGUACUGGUCUUUCUGGUCCGAAUGGAGUCCUUGCACAAGCUCAUGUGGUAAUGGUGUUUCAUCAAGAACAAGGGAAUGUAUCAAUGGAGAAAUUGGUGAAAGUGGAUGCAUUGGACAACCAAGUGAAGUUGAGGCUUGUAACACAGAGACUUGCCCAAGUUGGACAGCAUGGACCACAUGGACCACUUGCACAGCUACAUGUAAUGGAGGUGUUCGAACACACACAAGAACAUGUGUUGGUGGUAGUGUAGGUAUGGUUGGUUGUAUGGGACCAACAAUUGCUUCGGAGUUCUGUAAUGGACAGGGUUGUCCUUACUGGUCACCAUGGUCAAGAUACAGUGGUUGUGACCGGUCAUGUGAUGGUGGAGUUCGUGUACGAAGCCGAACAUGCAUUGGUGGAAGAUUGGGUGAUAUUGGUUGUGAAGAUGAAAGUAUAAUGUCAGAAACCUGCAAUGAAACGCCAUGUCCCGCGGUGUCUGAUUGGUCGGACUGGUCUGCUUGCAGUCGAAGCUGUGGUGGUGGAACCAGAAGUCAAUCCAGAGGUUGCUUCCUUGGCCAAACUCGAACCAGAUCAAACCAAUGUGAAGGUGGACUUACAAUUGUAGAAAACUGCAAUGUACAGACAUGUCCAUACUGGGAGCAAUGGUCACCAUACUCCCCAUGCAGUGUGACUUGUGGUAGAGGUACCAGCUUCAGAUUACGUCAAUGCAUCGAUGGAGAGGUUGGAAUGCUUGGUUGCAUUGGAGAAGUUUCAGAUAAUAAAACAUGCACUUCUUCUAAUUGCCCCUUCUGGACAGAGUGGGGAUCAUGGGGUGGAUGUGAUAAGUCAUGCGGAACUGGUCUUCGAACUCGACUACGAACUUGCUUCAAUGGUGUUGAAGGAAACCCAGGUUGUCUUGGAUCGAACUCAGAAAGAGGCGAAUGUAGCACAGAGCCAUGUCCUCAAUGGACGAAUUGGGCUCCAUGGAGUGCUUGUGAUGUAACUUGUGGUGGUGGAUCUCAAACAAGAAGCAGAAUCUGCACAAACGGAUUGCCCGGAAUGUUGGGUUGCGAUGGACCAGAUUCUGAAGAUAAAUAUUGUAAUGGUCAGAUCUGUCCGUUCUGGUCAAGAUGGGGUUCAUGGGGCGCUUGCAACGCUACAUGUAACGGAGGUUACAGAGAGAGAGUUCGCAUUUGUUUGAAUGGUGUUGCAGGAGGACCUGGAUGUCCUGGUGACGUCUCUAACUUCGGAACUUGUAAUACACAGUCGUGCUCGUCAUGGUCACAAUGGGGAUUAUGGAGCGAUUGUAGUUUGACUUGCGGAGGUGGCAGACGACGUCAAUCACGUGUCUGCUUGGGUGACGUAGGAGCUUGCGUAGGAAACAAUGAGAACCACGAAGAUUGCAACAUGCAGGUCUGCCCGUCAUGGUCGGCAUGGACACCAUGGUCAGAUUGUUCAACGACGUGUGGUAUUGGUGUUCGCACACAUACUAGAGUUUGUAAUAACGGCUCACCUGGAGAUGUGGGUUGCCUUGGAAACACCACUGAAGAACAGAGUUGCAUUGACAGGACUUGUGCGUAUUGGAGCAUAUGGGGUCCGUGGUCAGCAUGCUCGGUUACUUGCGGUGUUGGUGUGAAAACUCACCGAAGAGAAUGCAUCAACGGUGCUGAGGGUGAAGCUGGUUGCUUGGGAAGCAACUCAGAGAGCGCAAGCUGUGACCAACCGGCAUGUAGAGUGGUAUACGAAUGGUCACCAUGGGGUUCUUGCACCAAAACAUGCGGAGUUGGGAAGCGAUUCCGUAGCAGGGUCUGCUCUCAAUUCGCACUUGGUCAGUGCUUAGGCUUGCCAAACCAAGAAGAGAUUUGCAACGUUCAGAGUUGUCCUUACUGGGGACCUUGGAACGCUUGGAACAAAUGCAGCGUGAGCUGUGGUGGUGGAUCUCGCAUGAGAACACGACCUUGUGUGAACGGAAACCCAGGAAUGGACGGUUGUACUGGUCCAUCGAACCAGACAGAAGCUUGCAAUAGCAAAACAUGUCCGUCUUGGAACGAUUGGUCGGUGUGGUCGCCUUGCAGUGUAACGUGUGGUGAAGGCGUUCAAUCUCGAACAAGAACAUGCUCGGGUGGAACUGUUGGUCAGGAUGGUUGUCAAGGACCUACCAGACAACAAGUUACUUGCGGAAGCAUGAGCGACUUGUGUCCAACAUGGACACGAUGGGGACCUUGGGAUACUUGCACUGUGACUUGUGGUGGAGGUAGCAGAGAUAGACGCAGAGUUUGUACAAACGGUUCACCAGGUGAUGCUGGAUGUGAAGGUUUACCGACAAUGAGUCAACCAUGUAACCAACAGGCUUGUCCGAGCUGGAACAACUGGGGAUCAUGGACAGUAUGUAGUGUAACAUGCGGUGGUGGACAAUAUUCAAGAUCUAGAACUUGUUCCAAUGGAAAUGUAAAUGAUGUUGGUUGCAUUGGAAUGCCUCGGGAAACUGCAGAUUGCAAUACACAGGCGUGUCCACGUUGGUCGGAUUGGGCAUCAUGGACGGCAUGUAGUCAAACAUGCGGCACCGGCAUCCACUCACACAGCAGGACUUGCAUCGGAGGAACAAUAAAUGAUCGUGGUUGUGAUGGACCUGCAAUGGUGGAAGCAGUCUGUUCUGGACCUGCUUGUGCAUACUGGAGUUCAUGGGGACAAUACAGUAGAUGUUCUGUGACUUGUGGAGGUGGUGAAUACACAAGAACAAGGUUCUGUGUUAACGGUGACGCUGGAGACCCUGGUUGUGUUGGUACUACCAGAAGCACAUCUCCAUGCAGAACUCAGGUUUGUCCAACAUGGGGAACAUGGAGAUCUUGGGAAGGAUGUACACAGACUUGCGGUGGCGGACGAAGAAUUCGUGUUCGUGCUUGUGACAAUGGAGUGUUCGGUGAAGAAGGAUGCACCGGUGAUAUAUCACAAGGAGAAGAUUGCAACACACAGGAAUGUCCGGGAUUCAGCGAAUGGUCGAACUGGACAACUUGUUCAGUGUCAUGCGCUGGUGGAAUUCAAUCGCGAAACAGAGUUUGUAAUUCUCCAAACAGAGAUUGCGUUGGACCUUCCAGUGAAGAAAGAGGUUGUAACUUCCAGGCUUGCCCGUAUUGGUCCCCAUGGGGUGGAUAUGGUAGUUGUAGCAGAACAUGCGGUGGUGGCAUCCGAACACACAGCAGGACUUGUAUUGGAGGUGAACCUGGUGUAGAAGGUUGUGAAGGCUCAGCUAAUGAAUCAAGCUCAUGUAACAGACAGAACUGCCCUGAAUGGUCACCAUGGGGUCUCUUCUCUGCUUGUUCAAAGACGUGUGGUACUGGUACCAGGAAUAGGUUGAGAUAUUGCGUUGGUGGAACCAUUGGCGACGAUGGUUGUACAGGUGCUUCAUCCGACUCAAUGAAUUGCAACACUCAGGCAUGUCCCGCAUGGUCCGAAUGGUCGCCGUUCACAGACUGCAGUACAUCUUGCGGCAAUGGCUUGAGAACUCACACUAGACAAUGUAUUGGUGGAGUACCAGGUCAACCAGGUUGUAUUGGUGAACCAUCGGAGUCUGUUGUAUGUAACAGCGGAACUUGUCCAACAUGGGAUAACUGGGGCAGUUGGUCUUCUUGUUCCGUUACAUGCGGUGGUGGUAUUCGAACCCAGGAACGUGUUUGUUUGAACGGUAAUCCUGGUGAUGAAGGAUGUAUUGGACCGAUUUCUACUGAAUCCGAAUGCAACGUUCAGGAUUGCCCAUUCUGGAGGGCUUGGGGUUCAUGGACUCCAUGUCCAGUAACAUGUGGAGGUGGUUUGAUAUCAAGAUCAAGAACUUGCAUCAACGGUGAUCCAGGAGACGUUGGAUGUGAAGGAGCAAUUACUGAAUCUUCGAUUUGUAACAGCCAGGUUUGUCCAUCUUGGGGUCCAUGGUCACUGUGGUCACCAUGCGACCAAACUUGUGGUUCUGGUUUAAGGAGUCACACAAGGUCGUGUAACAACGGAGAUGUUGGACAACUUGGUUGUGAAGGUCCAACAAGUGAGCAACAAGACUGUAAUAACCAGGUUUGUCCAACAUGGAGCGAGUGGACACCGUUCGGUCCUUGUUCAAAGACAUGCGGUGGUGGAGUGUACAACAGAACUAGGACUUGUUUGAAUGGCAACGUUGGUGAUGUUGGUUGCAUCGGACCAGUGAAUGAAGAAGAACAAUGCCAGACUCAGAAUUGCCCAGCUUGGUUGGAUUGGACACAAUGGAGCGGAUGUUCAGCAACUUGUGGAGGUGGAACAAGAUCACAUACACGAGUUUGCGACUCACCUGGUGACGUGGGAUGUGUAGGAUCAGAUACAGAGUCCGAGGGUUGUGAACCAGAGCCUUGUCCUGCAUGGUUGGAAUGGACUCCAUGGGGACCUUGUAGUGAUGAAUGCGGUGGUGGAAUCUCGACCAGAGACAGAACUUGCACCAACGGUCGACCUGGACAACAAGGUUGCGUUGGAGGAUUCCAAGAAGCAAGAAUUUGUAACACACAGGCAUGCGCAAGUUGGGCCGAAUGGUCACAAUGGGGUUCAUGUUCAAUCACUUGUGGAGGUGGAAUUCAAGAAAGGACAAGAAGAUGUAUCAACGGUAAUCCUGGUGAUGAAGGUUGUCCAGGGUUGGCAUUGGAAGGACAAGGUUGCUCCACCAACCCUUGCCCAGUAUGCAUGCCCAACUACGCACAACAAGGCAUGGAGUUCGGAUUCGUCGUAUGCACGGACAGGAACCGGGUCGGAUCUACUUGUACAUUCACAUGUAGAACAGACUACCAGAUUGUUGGCAUGUCUAAUCUCAAUUGUGUUGAAACUGUACCUGGAAAUGCGGUUUGGGACAACGAAGUACCAGUUUGUAAAGAAAAAUGCAGUGAACAAGUGGAUGUCGCUUUUGUGAUUGACAGCUCCUCAAGUAUUGGUCCAGCCAAUUUCAGGACAAUUAGAAACUUUUUGAUCGCUUUGGUUCAACGGUUCAGUAUUGGACCCGAAGGAGCUCGGUUUGCUGCCAUCCGUUACAACCGAGAUAUUGAGCACUUGUGGAACUUGGAUCAAUAUACUACACGAGCUGCUCUUAUUGAAGGCAUCAAUAAUAUUCCAUACAAUGGUGUUGGCACUCUUACAGGGGCUGCUAUCAACUAUACUGCCGAAAAUAUUUUCUUGCCUGAACUUGGUCGACGUAAAGGAGUUCCCAAGAUCGUGGUGGUGCUGACGGAUGGUGUGUCAUAUGAUGACGUGUCUAUACCUUCACAACGUUUGAAGAGCGACAACACCAUCAUUGUUGCUGUUGGUAUCGGACGUUACGACCAAGACCAAAUCAAUGAGAUUGCCUCCGAUCCAGACCAGGACUUCGCCACAACCGUGGCAGGCUUCGAUGGUCUCAACCGGGUCGUUACAACUAUCUCUUCGCAGAUCAAACUUUGCCAGGCCAUCACUAACCUUACUACGUGCCCAUUAAUCACCGUCAUGGACAUCGUGUUGAUCGUGGACAGCUCCUCAAGUAUCGGGGACGACAAUUUCGAACUGAUGAGGAACUUUAUUCUUGAACUUGUCAGAAGUUUCAACGUUAGUCGGGACACGACCAGGAUCGGGUACGUUCGUUACAACAACGCUGUCGAUGAGCGAUUCCAACUUAAUACAUUCAACACAUCUGAGGAAGUCCAAGAAGCCAUACGAGCCGUUCCAUACCGCGGAUCAGGUACACUCACCGGACAAGCUUUGAGUUACGCAUCUCGUACUUCUGUUCGAGCACCAGCUGGUAGAAGACCUGGUGUCCCUGGUGUCGCCAUUGUUAUCACUGAUGGUCGGGCACAAGAUGCAGUGGACGCACCGGCGCGUGAAUUGCAACGAUUAAUGCAGGUCGUUGCUAUCGGUAUCCGCGGUGCAGUACCUGAACAACUGAACGCCAUUGCAAGUCAGCAAGGCUAUGUGUUCAAUAUCGAAGACUUCAAUCGUCUGGAUGAAGUUCUCGGAUCUAUUAGUUCCACAGUCUGUUUCGCAGGCCGUACUGGAACACCAGGCUUACCAUGAGCAAUUUAUUCUAAAUAUGAAAUUACAUAACGGCGGUUAUUGAUUUCGAUCAUGGCCUAUUUUACUACUCGCAUUGCCAACCUUGAAAUUGUUUUCUUUGUAAAUAUGUUAUGUUGGCUAUUACUAACGCAGCACUGAUAUCAAUAAAUGAAUAUAAUAAAUC